CAGCUCCAUAUCUAAACUUCUGAAUGUUGCAGUGAAAUGGAAGAACCUCAUUCCCUUCACUUUUUCUCUCAUUAAAUUCCUGAUAGAGUCAAAAGAAAACAAAAAAAGAACAAAAACUGCUUUACAAGAGCAAAAGAGCAUUUACUGAGAGCUUCCAAAAGACCUAAAAUAACUUGUCACAUAAAAGUAAUAAGUAAUGGACUUAACUUCAGUGGUCCCUAUACACACUCUCUGCACAAGACUCCACUGCUGAAGAAAAAGUAUGUUGAAGCCUGUUUAAAGUUUGCAACAGAACAUCUAGAUAAACCAGCAAAAUACUACGGGAAUAUAAUCUAUUUAGAUUCUAUUUAGAGUAUAUUUAGAUUAGGCCAGUGCUGAGCUAUUUUGAUUUCACCAUUUUUGGAGGACAAAUUGUUCCACAUAUCACUCUGAAAACUCCCCACAAAAAGUGAAGUUUGUAGACGGGAGCAUUAUGAUGUGGGUUACCUUCAUAUGGUUCUGGCAGGUUCAUCUAACUAAAGGAAUGCAUGAUGGAGAAACACACCAACUUUUUGUCACAUUUAAAACACAAAGUUCGGGACAUAUUAUUAGGAUUUUUGUAAGUCUUUGGAGGUAAGCCUCUACUUUUCCAGGACUUCUCUGGAUUCUCAUUCAUCUUCCCUUCAACUUCAGCUUCUCUGGUCCUGUUGAAGAACAGCAAUCCCAUGGCAUGAGGCUGCCACCACCAUGUUUCAAAAUGGGACGUACUGUUCCCACCAAAUAAAACCUUCUGUGAGUCUACAGGCCACAACAAAUUCAAUUUAUGUCUCAUCUGAUACAAGCAUCCUCCUUGAGGUUUUUGUGUCUCAGUCACUACAUUGCUGCGCUCUUUAAGUUGAACUUCUUGUGGCUUACUUUCAUCAGUAUUCUGGCUAUUCUUCCAUAAAGUCCAGAUUUGUGAAAUGCCUGGGUUAUUGUUGUAUUUUUCAGAAGAUUCUCCUACCUAAGCUGUGCAUCUCUGCAGCUCCUCUAGAGUUGGCACGGACCUCUUGACUGCAUCUCUGUUUAAAAUGCUGCCCUAUCCAGCCAGUUUGUUUAGAUUUUGCAGUUGUAUCAUACAUUAGCAUUUUCUGAUGAUAGAUUGAAAAUGAACAUUGGCCCAUGAGAUGUUGAAAGCUUGGGAUAUUAUUUUAGAGCCUAUCUCAGCUAUUUUUAACUUUUUAAAGACUAUAUCCAUGACCUGCCUGGUGUGUCCUUUGGUCUAUUUCUUGGUCUAUAACAAACCUCUGAGAUCUCCACAAACAUUCAUGACAUUUGAUUACACACACCUGGCGGUUACAGGCAGACUUCGUUUACCAAUUUGGUGGUCUAUGAAGGCAGUUGAUCGCACCAGAUUUUAUUUAGGGGUAUCAGAGUAAAGGGAACAUAAACACAAGUACACAAUGCUUUUUUAAAUUAAAAAAAAUAUAUAUUCUGCCACAAAAAAAACAACAUUGAGGUUUAUCGUCGUUUAUUGUGACAAAAGUUCAACAAGUAAAUAAUUCCAAUGGUGUGCCACAAAAUACAUUUUUUAGUUGUUCAACAGGUACAAGCGGAAGGAUGUGCAGUGUCAGCGAGAGACUUUACUCCAUAUAUACAAAACAACAACAAACUCAAACGUAAAAAUUGUAAACUGUGGAGGUGAUCUAGUUAACUGCGGGGGUUAUUAGUCAUUUCUGUUUUAUAAAAAAAAAAAAAAAAUCUAUUUCAAUUUUUUCCUUGUGAACUGCAGACAAUCCCUAGAUAUUUAAAGUAUGUUUUAUGAGAAAAACGGACAUUUCCACAUAGUGACAUCCUGUACGAACCUGAUUAUGUUGCAUCAUUUAUGAAUGGUGAGGAAAGAACAAACAUGGGUGGAGCAGUGUAGACACAACGGUAUCGGAUUGGACAAACUGCUUCCUCAGUAGUGUUGUAGCGCUCACUGAUUGGCUGCUGGUUCCAGUGGGCGGGGCUUAUUCCUAACAAGGAUACGUUUUACUCUUAGCUUAAAUCGGCUCUGUCACACUCAGAAAAAGCAGCUGUCACACCGUGUGCUGCAGUUAAAUCGCUUGUUUUUGGAGUUUUAGAACAUGUCUAACCACGGAUGAAGUAGUCUGGCGAUUCAGUUCGAUUGCAGCUGCUUGUUUUCACCAGGGUUUAAUUUUUAAAGACCGACUAAAGCAGUGACUCUGCAUGGAGCAGCCGAAGACGCAGCGUCGGGGCUUCCCUACUCCACAGCCUGCAGGCGGGGAGCCACCGAUGCGUUUGACCAUCACUUCAACAACCGGCUGCCCGGUGGAGCUCAGUGUCCAGCGGGGAGAGACUGCGGAGGGGCUGAGGAAGCUCAUCUCCCAGAAACUGGGGCUGCAGACAGACAGAAUCAUAGUGGUGCAUAAAGACAGCCACCUGACUGCAGGGACACUGAUGGAGCAGGGUGUGACAGAUGGCAGCAGACUGACUCUGGUCCCAGUUAUUGAAACUGGUUCAGUAAGUUCAACUAGAGAGAAGACGGUGAUGGACACGUUGGAGAGUUUGACAGAAUCCCAGAUAGAGGACUUCCUUUCGGGUCGCCUGCCUCUGACCCUCAGCCUUGGAGCCGGGGCCCACACGAUGUAUGUGCAGCUCCAGCUGUCGCAGGAGGUCAGGGAGCUCCAGGGGAACAUGGACUCAGUGGUUCAGACCAGACUCAAACCUCAAAUUGCACAGGCGAACAAUGGGAAUCUCCUGGAGGCAUCCUCUGCAGGGUCCUCCUUAGGAUUCACCAGCUCACAGACUUCCUCUCCACCCUUACCCUCGGCUCGCUCAGCAUCCUCCCUCCAAUGUAGCACUCAGAAACCCAGAACUUCCUUUAUCUCGUCCACAAGCGUAGCACGUGAGCACUGCAUCGAUCCUCCGUUGGUGCGACACUCGCAAUCUGACUGCAAACCUGCUUUGCCUUUGGACUCUACACAUCCUCCAAAUCUACCUCCUGCAGCUACACCAGUCUGUUCAUCCAGACCCACCAGUUCUGAACCAGGACCAACUUCAGCCUUCAUAGAGGGAGAUGUUCCUGCACAUAAGCCACAGCCUCCAGGGGCGGUCAUUGACAGCGUCGUGAAUCACUCUCCAGGCGUCUUCUCUGGAACGUUUUCUGGGACUCUGGCCCCGUGCAGUCAUGGAGGCAUCACUCAUCCUCGUCGCGGCAUCGCCAUCAUUCUCCAAAUCCUCAACGACUUGCUCAGAGCUGCCUGUCACCACCAGGGGGCGCUGCUUCCCCCUUUAUGUAACGAGUGCACUGCCUCAAACCUUCCAGGCAGCCAUCUCACCGCAGAGGAUCCCUGCAUGGGAAGAAACAGACAAACACCAACCCAAAGCACAGCGCGCAGCGGUAAACUAACAUUUGAUGCAAAAUUUGGAGGGGAUGCGAGUCAGACGCUUCACUCUUCUGAAGAGAAUAAGACGAUGCACUGCAAGAUGGAGCGCCUGCAGCUUCUGAUGCAUCAGAGGCGUCGCCAUAGGCGGAUUCGUAGGUGUUCUCUCCUCCAUGGAUUCGCUCAACCAAACCAGCACCGGCUCCACCGUUCCUAGUGUACGCAAACAGCUCACUGUGAUUUCUUCUUGUAGCUAUUUGAACAGAAGGAAACAUGUUCAUAAUAUGCAGUACAUAAAACCAGAGCAGGUUUUUUCUGUUUAUAGUGACGUAUAUUAGACAUACAAAAACGUAUAAGGUUUAUACAGCUCUUUUCCUGCGUCCGUUUACCGAGCAUGAUGGGGAUAGCUCUUUAUGUAGUAUAACAUUACAGAAAGUUCUUUUUUGUUUGUUUGUUUCUCUGUUCUACAUUUUUUUAGAGUUUAGUUACUGUGAGCAGAAUGCAUAAGUACUUCUGAUAAAGAGGGUUUCUGUCAGCUCUGUGGGCCUUGGGGGCUUGUUAUUCUCUGAACGCAAAACAAAUAGCAAAUCAACCUUGAAAAUGAUGCAGGACUAUGUCGUUUUUAACUCAUGAGUUGUGCCUUACAACAACAUGCAGUAUUUACAGAUGGUCCUUCUAGUUUUCCUCCUUCACCAGUAAUACUAUCCUUAGCUCAUGAAAUAUACAUUAUGUUUUCCUCCUCAUCCUUAAAGGGAUAUUUUAGGAUUUUUAAAUUGAGGGUUUUUAAGGUUUUACUAUCUCAACUGAAGUUAAUAACCCUUCUUAUUUAGUAGAAUCUUUGCAAACAUGUUUUCAAAUAACGCCAGGAUUAUGUGUGCAGGUUAGAAUUUAAAACAAUUAGUGUUCUAGAGCCUUACUGAAAUCCCUUUAAAAAAGGGAUUAAUCAAUAAAAUUGAUUAAUAUUAAAAUAUUCUUAUAUUCCUAACAAGCCUCAAUGGUCAUUGUUACUGUAGGACAUGAUAUUUUCACAAUCAAAAAUGACGACAGAAAAUAUUCUGCCUUGAAACAAAACAUUCAACUUGUUUUAUUUCUAAAUCUUUGGUGGAAAUAACCUUGAAAAUGAUCAUUGGGGAUGUGUUUGUGCAUAAAAUAAGCUGAUUUUUAGUUUCUAGCUCAUUGAAAAUACAUUAUUUUUUUUAAAAGUCGUUUAUGUUCUGUAAUCAGAACAUGCUUCAGGAGGAUCAUUGGUGGCGCACCGCCUCCAGCCUACGCUGCUCGUGUACAUCAGCUUCUUUGUAAAUAACCACUUGAUGGCUUGACAUUUCAUAUGAGCAUUUGCAUAAACUUCUACCACGUUUAUGAGACUUGAGUACUUUUAAGCUAGAAGUGUACUUAUGUCGUGGCUCCUCUUGGGCCAGCAUUAGGUUCAGCCUCCAGGUCUGUCUAAUCUGAUUAUUGAACGGAUACUAGAAGGGUUGUAUUAUAUAUUUAUAAUAUAUUAGCAGCUCAAAAUCUUUGACGGCAACUUUAGUUUUAAAAUCUUGAAUUAUCCCUUAAAAUAUGCAUUGAUAUGUCUGUGUUGGUUUCUGGUUUACCUUCACGCUGUAAUUCCUGUAAUGUGAACGACACAGUCCAAACACUGUGACUUGUCUUCUUUGACAUACUGUUCUGUAAAUUUUAUGUAAAUAUUCUACUUGGUGAUGUAGUUUGAGUUAAUUUUAACUUCAAAAAGUUGAGAUUUAUCUGUGACUAGAUGAGAUCAAUGUAUUUGAUCAGGUGACUUACCUCUUUCAUGUUUAUUAAAGAGUGUGCCUCUUACAACUGACCACAACUCUAAGCAAUAUAUUGCCUUAUCGUGAA